AAAAAGGGCUGAAGGAGUUAAAAUAUUAAGAGAAGCUUAGAGGUCACGUAUCAUCACUAUCUUAUUAAGUGGACUUCUGUAGCGGAAAUUUACAAUAGAUUAUCUGCUCAUCGGAGUUACUCACCCGACACUAACUCAAAUCAGCGGGCUUCGCACUCGGAGUGACAAAACUGAAGCCCAAGUGCGGCAAAUCUCCUCUCCAAUUUUCGGCCAACACCAAAACUGACAAAAACACAAUUGUCACAAGGUGCAAUACACGCCAGAGCCUGAUUGAGGGAGGAGAACUGAUUAAUGUGUUUACAUGAACCAGAGUGGAAGAGAUUUCACUAUUAUACCUACUUUCAUUUGACACCUCGAGACUGAAACUGGAAGUGAAUUCUAACAUUAUCCACAACACGUAGGUGUGAUGCUACCGUAGUCUGCGCUGUAAAACAUCUUUUCAUCAUUAUGCCAUAACAACAUCUUAGUUUCAAUCCAAUUACCUUAUCACAAUCAUUUCUGAUUUAAUGAGUUUCAACUAGUCUGGUUUUCUUCAUCAGUAAAUAACUUCAAAGUGGUCCACGACACCACUUUCAGCCAAAAGUUUUCAUUGUUGAAAUUUGUUACUAAAUUAUGAAUUAGUUCACUAACCAUGAAUCAAAUAUUUGGGUGACAAUCUGGAGUCUUAAAGACUGGCAACGGGCUUUCAUAGAGAUGUAUACUAAUGUGAUUAGUAGUUUUUGCCCCCCUUUUCUUUGACCUCUGAACGUGAGAGUAUUUGUUCCGCUGUGUGUCGCAUUCGGCGGUACCCUUUGAAUACAUGAAAUAAGAUGAUUUGGGGAACAUCAAUGCGCUCUCACACAGGACGUUUCUGUGGCGCACAGCCAUGUAGGAAUUUGUAGUAAAUCUGGACCUCCUGGCUCUCGGCUCUUGACCCCCUCUCUGUGUUUCUGGGCUACCUCCGGGGGCAUGUAGUGCAGAGGGCCAUUAGGAUAUUUGACAAUCUCAGCUUGUUACAACUCCAUCAGUUAAUUGGAUCCCUUGUAGAGCCGCUCGUUUGACUCAUCUGCCACUUAAAAAGACAAAGGCUCGCUGGGGGUCGUUCACACCUCGCGCCCCUGAGCAGGUAUAAAAGAGCCGCAGACACUCCAAGCUUCAUUCCACUCCGCUCUUCACAAGCUCGAGAACUUCUCUACAGCGGAUAACUUUUAAGCAGGACUUUUUACCGACCUAAACAGAAGCCAUGCAGAUGCCUGGAAGAGCUUACGAAAACUAUGGACAAUCAAUUCGCCCUCACGCGGCUUUCAAUCCGGACUAUGCCACUUCAUCAAAACCGAGCGCAGGGAAAUCCUUCACAAUCGACGCUCUGCUCGCGAGACCUGACCAUACGGAGAGAGACAGGACAAGUGUGUAUCGGAACAUAGCCAAUCAAGCGCCAGUCUCGAGCUCUGCGGUCCCAUUAGCUGCACAAAUGUACUCGCAAAUCCCACACUUUGCGUACAACCAGAGCAUUAUGCACACGCAAACUGGGUAUCCCGUCUUUUGCUACCCGCCUUACAGCUACCAAACAACAUGUCGUGGAGCUAUGUACUCACAAGAUGCUGUACUGACCAAAGCAGCUGUUCACUCUCACUAUAAACACAAAGCCGGGAAAUCAAAGCGAAUGCGCACAAGUUUCACCAACGAGCAGCUGUCCAGACUGGAGAAAGAAUUCGCGCGGCAGCAGUAUAUGGUGGGAUCAGAGCGCUUCCUCCUGGCAUCUGCUCUCCAGCUCACUGAAGCACAGGUUAAAGUGUGGUUCCAGAACAGACGCAUCAAGUGGAGAAAGCAGAGUCUUGAGCAACAACAAGCCAAACUUGCCAAACUUGGUCUCGCCGUGCAACCAAAGAGCCCGGGAUCUCAGGGCAGAGAGGAUGAGGAGAGAGACUUCACAGAAGAGUCUGAUGUGGACAUUGACAUCGACGAUUCACUUCAAGACUGAGAAAAUCACUUUUAUACAGGAUAAUUUUGUACAUAUUCGAUUUUCUCUAGAUGACACAGUACUCUAUUUGUACAAAUAUUUAAUUAAUAGAUAUAUAUUUAAGGUGUUUCUAUUACACACCAUUGCUCUUAUGAGGGUAGCCUAUCUUUG